CGGCACAAUUCGCAACGGGCCGAGUCUGCCCUGAUUCAUGGUACCACGACACCAGUCCUCCUUCUUCCAUGGAACACGAAAAUGUAUCCAAAAUCGAUUGUUCAAGUAACAGACAGUAAAAAGAAAUACCAUUAAAUCCCCUGCUUUAAGUUAAUUAGUGAAAAUGAAGCCCGAGUAUUCUGUGUUGAGCCGAGUGUGUGCAUGCCGGAGUGGCCUUGUGUGUGGACCGCCGGGGAGGACCAGCGGUUGCAGUAGUUCUCGCUCACCGUUACUUUACUCAGGGGCAAUGACUAUGAAUUUACUAAAGAGUGUCUUUACCCACCGGAACGCCAAGAUUCUCAAGACAGCAAUGAUGUGUGACUGUCACAGAGGUUGUGCAAUGGUUUCACCACCACAUCUUGAUCCGGCUGCAUUCAAGCCACAGAAGGUUCUUAUCCUCACAAAGCUGUCCAGAUAUGAGUUUGAGAGACGGCGCCACCCUGAACUCACUGAGAAGGAACUAGAGAAAUGCCUAAGAUUAAGAGGAUCAGAUUAUAACAACUUGCUGUAUCACCAUUACAUACACAAGGGUGUUGAAAAUACUGUGAAUAGUGUUUUCACUGCUGCUGGCAUUGAGACAAGAGUAGUAUAUCGAUUUGACUACACUGAUCCCAACAUUGAAUGGGCUGAUGCCAUUGUGACCACUGGGGGUGAUGGGACAUUCCUACUUGCAGCCUCCAGAAUCUUAGACAGAAACAAGCCCCUCAUUGGAUUUAAUUCAGAUCCAACAAGAUCAAAGGGACAGUUAUGCCUACCUCAGAAAUAUUCUGUUGAAGUUCAAGAAGCAGUUGACAAACUGUUGAAAGGAAAAUUCCGUUGGACAUUUCGGAGGAGAAUUCGGGUCACACUUAUUGGAGAUGAUAUCUUCAAACCACCAGUGGAACUUCACAAUCAGCAGUUGCAGUAUCAUGAGUAUAGGUACCUGGACAUGGAGCCUCAGUUGCGGAAUGUUCAAGAAGAUAUGCCUCCCUGCAGCGAGACGGGUAUGGCCCGAAGAGUCCUUCCGGUCUUGGCUCUAAAUGAAGUGUUUAUAGGAGAGUGCGUGUCUGCCAGAGUGUCUUACCUGGAACUGAGUAUGGACAGCAUGAGUCCCAUCAAGCAGAAGUGUUCUGGACUCAUUGCCAGUACAGGAACUGGCUCAACUUCCUGGACAUACAAUGUGAACAAACUCACUGAGCAGAAUAUGGAAGAAAUAUUAACAAUUGUAAAAGAAGAAACUGGUUACAAGAUAAGAGACACAGAUGAAAAAUUUGUAAGCAAAAUCACUGAAAUAUUUAACCAAAUGCUGAUUACCAGCCCAGAGGCACCCAGGAUGGUGUACACCAUUCGAGAUCAGCUAGUGUCGUCACCUUUGCGUAGUGAGUGCAUUAAACCUCGGGGAGUGGCCAAAUCAAUAGGUGUAAGGUCUCGGUGCUUUGAUGCUUCUCUAGUCAUAGAUGGUGGCCUGUCCUUCACUUUCAAUGAUGGAACAAGAGCCCUGCUGGAAAUACAUGACGAAGAUGCUCUUCGAACUGUCACAUUACACGGAGAUGUAACAGAGGUGGUAUUCAAGCAUUAAUAUCAGAAAAGUCAUUAGAAUACUGAUAUUUGGAAGCUUGAUGUUUCAUAUUUUGCAUUAAAUAAUUUCUAUUAUUAUUCUCUAAUUGGAUAGGUUCUAAUUUAACCUUUAUUUUGUUUAAAGGACUGUCAUAGUGAGCUGCAGUCAUUUUAUCUGUGUUGUUCAUAACCUAAACUAUUGACCUCUCCUUCAUUGCAUCCUUUUAGUAAUUAAUCAUGCUUCCGGUUAAAAUAUCCCAACUUUCAACCCUUAGUGAACAUGAAUUCACCACUCAUGAAACCCUCAGUGACAUGAAUGGAUUAAAUAUUUUUUAAAUUUGCCUGGAUUAAAUAUUUUUUAAAUUUGCCCAACAUAACAGAUUCAUAAGUGCAUGAAUCAUCUUUACAACAUCCAAACAUGAUUUCAGCUUACAUAAGACAGCUUACAUAAGUCUGGCUCAUUGGACUGCAAGUCUGGAUCAGAGGUACUUUACCGGAUAUUAAAAUUGUUGUGCAUGACAGGCUGAGGAACAAAGCUGUCAUAAUAAGCAAGGACUGAUAGUUUUUAAGAUUCAUGUUCUGAUAGUGUUGAACUAUUUUCACCUGUCAACCUUGUGGUAUAGGGGCUAGUGCGCUGAAUUCACUGCCAAGAGGCCCUGGGUUUGAAUCCAAGAAUAUGCAGUGGCAAUUUAGGUUUUGACUACUUCACACUGUAAAUCACCUUCCAAGAUACCCUAAGCCAGUGUGGCAGAGAUGUGUCAUGAACACCCCUAAACCUUUUGUCCUACAGUGGAAUAUUAUAAGUUGAAGAUAGUGAUAACAUGUUUUUUUUCUCUACUGUCUUCAAUUUUUAGUAACAAUUGUCUUUUAUUUAUGUACCAGGCUGACAUCCCCACAAUAGGGAAAGCCAAGACAAGUGCCCCCUCAUCUUUCAACACACACACACACACACACACACACACACACACACUUACACAUUCCCUAGAACUAACUUCAGGUGUACAAGCAUAUCCAUGUUUCUUUGCAUUAGGGCUCAACAGUAUAACUGAUGUAGCCUUCGUACAUCAUGAUAAACUAUCCCAUUUUUUAACAGAAAGUAGUAAAUCUCAGAAAUAUUGUGUAAAUACUACUUAGAAGUUGUGGUGAAAGCAUUUAUGGUUUCAGUUUUGUUUUUCCUUGAUACAUUAGUUUAUAUGAUAUGUUGACCAAUUGAUACUCAAGAAAAUUUUGCCUUGAGAACAUGUUUAAUUUAUCAAAGAAGUGCAAUAGUGUAUUUAUGAAAUUUGCAUUUUGAAAUGUAAACAUUUGUAUAUUGCAGGAAAUGUUGCAAUUAGGAUUUUCCUUGGUGAUUUUUAGUUUAUGACAUGGUUCAGAGCUCCUAUAUAUAAAUUAUUAAUAAAAUUCCUAGAAAAUACAAAA